CUCAGCUGGAGGUUCCGUGGGAGAGUCGUACCUAAGGAUUUGAGGUGAAAGAUGACAUCCAACCCUUCAGUAGCAUCUUUUCAGCACCUAGUGCUGCCUCUCUUUCUGCUUUUUUGUUUUGGAGGAGUAUUUUACACUUACUACAAGCCCACUAUCAGCUGGUUAUCGUGUCCAAAUGCUCCAGUCAAAACACAAGAAGUCUGCCCAGAAGAGUGCCUCAGUGCAUUAAUGAAAAACUUUACCCAUCUUAUAAACACCACGGGUACCCGCAACUACACUUUGGUAAAGCCGCAAUUACCACAAUUACCAGUCACUAAACCACCUGCAGGGAAAGACAUCCAGGAGAAUCAUGACAAUGACAUCAUCAUGUUAAUCUGGACCUGGCCAUUUGGAUUUAAAUUUGAUGUAAACGAUUGUAUCCCAAAGUUUGGUAUUACAGGAUGUCAGAUUACAGAUGACAGAAGCCAAUAUGACAAAGCCGAUGGUGUUCUGUUUCAUCACAGAGAUAUCGGUGAUGAUAUUGCAAACCUGCUAAGCAAGCCGAGACCUCCAUACCAGAAGUGGGUGUGGAUGAACAUGGAGUCUCCUGAUAAUUCAGGCGGACAAAACUGGCUAGAUGAUGCAUUUAAUUUGACAUCAAAUUAUCGGAGAGAUUCCGAUGUCUGGGUGCCUUAUGGAAAAAUCAGAAAAACAACAGGGAAAGAUAAAACUUUUGAAAUACCACCAAAAGAUAAAAUCGUCUGCUGGAUCGUCAGUAAUUGGAACCCCAACUUUAGGAGAGUAAAAUAUUUUAAUGAACUUAGCCAGCACAUUAAAGUAGAGGCUUAUGGCAGAGCCUUUAACAGGUACAUCAGCGAUGAUGAUUACAACAAGAUUUUACCAAGCUGUAAAUUCUACUUAGCGUUUGAGAACUCCAUAUACCAGGACUACUUCUCUGAUAAGCUGUUUAAUCCUAUGAAAGUCGGCACCGUUCCUGUGGUUAUUGGGCCACCCAGGGACAACUAUGAAGAGUUCAUUCCUGCAGAUUCAUUCAUUCAUGUGGACGAUUUCGAAUCUGCUCAAAAACUGGCAGAACAUCUCACAUUUCUGGAUCAGAACCAGGAGAAGUAUGAGCAGUACUUCAACUGGAGAAAACUUUUCAUUGUUGAAGGUUCAUUUUUCGGUCUUGAACAUGCUUGCCGAAGUUGUAAUUAUAUAAGAAACUACCAGGGCUACAGAGUAUUUAAAAACAUCAAUAAAUGGUACUGGGGUUAGCUAGCCACUGGAAAUCCAACCGUUCUUCUAAAGAUGUCAUAAGGAGUUUUUCCCUACCAAGAAACUUGAUCUAAUUUUCUUUCCAAACAGAAUUAUUGCUGACACAAAGAGCUAAUUUUCAUCUACCAUUUAAUAGCACAAAAUCUCCAGGAAAGCGUUACUAAUUUACCCGAUAGCAUUUACAUUCACUUUAUAAACUAGUCCACAGUUCUUUUAUUAUAAUAACUAGAAUUAAUCAACAAAUCAUCAUAUGAAGCUGAUGUUCUCAUUAAGAUUAUAAUUAAGUCACAAAGCAUAGUCAUCUAUGCAUUAUGGUUCACGAUGGGUUUUGGUGUCUCAGGUUUCUGUUUGUGUGGAAUUUUAUGUGUUGUUUUU